UUUCCAUUCGAGCUCGACCCGUUCCAGACGGCAGCGAUAGAUUGCUUGCACAGGGAGGAAUCUGUCCUAGUGGCCGCACACACUUCAGCAGGUAAGACGGUCGUUGCGCAGUAUGCGAUCGCUCUUGCGAUCAAGCACAAUCAGAGGGUGAUAUACACGACGCCCAUCAAGGCGCUUUCCAAUCAGAAGUAUAGAGAUCUGGGGAUGUUUUUCUCGCAGCAGGACAUCGGGCUCAUGACAGGAGAUGUGACGGUGAACUCCGAGGCGAACUGCAUCGUGAUGACGACGGAGAUUCUGAGGAGCAUGCUGUAUCAUGGUUCAGACGAGCUAAGGGAAGUUGCCUGGGUCAUCUUCGACGAGGUCCAUUACCUCCGAGACAAGGAGCGCGGCAGCAUCAUCUUGCUUCCGAUACAGAUCAAGCUCGUCUUUCUAUCCGCAACCAUCCCAAACUCCUUGGAGUUCGCCCAGUGGGUUGCAAACCUCAAGGGCCUGCCGUGCAAUGUCGUCCAGACAGACUUCAGGCCGACUCCUUUGCAGCACUUCAUGUUUCCCGCAGGAGGGAAUGGCAUUUUCCUCAUCCUGGACGAAGCUGGGAACUUUCUCGAGGAUAACUUCAUCAAGAUGAUGACUCUGCAGGACAGCCGCGCGGAGUCGAAGACCAAGGGGAAGGAGCAGCCAGACAUCAUCAAGCUUGUCUCCUUCGUGGCUGACCGCGGGAUGUGCCCUGCGAUCGUGUUUGCCUUCAGCAGGAGAGAGUGCGAGGCCCUGGCGCUGCAGACUUCAAGGUGCAAGAGCCUGAGGCUGGUGGGGGAGAGCCAGGUUCUCUCCAUCAAGGAGGUGUUCGAGAAGGCACUGCAAGGCCUCGCCAAGGAGGACCAGGAGCUUCCUCAGAUUCAGAACAUUCUCCCGCUGCUCUGCUGCGGGAUCGGAGUGCACCACUCCGGCCUUCUUCCCAUCCUGCGGGAGCUGAUUGAGAUCCUUUUCCAAGAAGGUCUUGUCAAGGUGUUGUUCGCAACGGAGACGUUUGCUCUCGGGCUGAACAUGCCAGCCAAGACCUGCAUCUUCACAAACUGUCGCAAGUUUGAUGGGCAGGACCACCGAUGGAUCUCGUCGGGCGAGUACAUUCAGAUGGCAGGGAGGGCGGGGAGGAGGGGAAUCGACGACAAGGGCUGUGUUAUCACCAUGUUCGACGAGCAUCUGGAGCCUGAGACGGCAAGAGACAUCUUAUGCGGUCAACCCUCGCCUCUUGUCAGCACGUUUCAUCUCAACUACAAUAUGAUCUUAAAUGCUAUGCGGAGCUCUGGUGUCGAUCCGGAAAAGAUCAUUACGAAAUCUUUCCACCAGUAUCAA